GGCGGAGGGGGCGGGGAAGGGCGCGGAGAUGCCGCUGCCGGCGGACUACGAGGUCGCCGCCGCGUUUGCCAACCGCCGGAGAAGGGAAGGCACGGCCCGUGGUUCUGGUAUCCGCACAAGCUUAUCAUCUGUGGGGUCAGAUUCCUGGGUCGAUGAUCCAAUCACUCGCCACAUUAUAUCGCUUCAAAUUGACAAAGAGGAAGGGGGUGGGUUUAUGCUGUGUCCUGUAGUUCUUCAGAAACGUGGAAGUUAUUAUGUCCUUGUGCUGCCUCUGGUGGAUCCUCAGUCAUUUAGAGCGUCCGAGAGCCUAUUGAAAAGACCUGAUUGCGGGAGUUCAGCCAAAGAGAAUGGCAAUCUUUCUUCCAUUUUGCUCAAUCUUCCGUGCAUAACAGGGGCCUUUAUGGUUGCGAAUGUUAUUGGGGACAUGAUUACUGGUGAUGUUGCUGAACCAGAGGUGAUCGUUAGUUCGGGCCCCUCUGUUGGUGGACUGUUAGAUUCAUUGACUGGAAGCAUAGGUAUUACAGCCCGGUCAAAACCUAGCGCUGCACCUGUUGCAGCCCCAGUUGCAUCAGUUUCCUCGCCUGUUGGUGCUGCUCAAUCAGACUCUUUAAAAGGUGGUAUAAGACCUUUUGACAAGGAAUUACUACGAAGCUUCAUCAUCGGUGCUAUGCCUUUUGGCACACCUCAGGAUCUUAAUUAUGGCAAUGUUUCUUCGAUUAGAACAACUGGGUAUUCAGCUGAUCCUCUUCCGACAGACCAGAAGCAACCUGCCUGGAAGCCUUACCUAUACAAAGGGAGGCAACGGACUCUCUUUUCUAGCCUGGAGAUUAUAAACGCUGCACUAUAUGACCGUGAUGAUGUGCCAGAUUUCCUUUCCGUUUCGGGACAACUAACCUGUAGGGCUGAACUGGAAGGGUUACCUGAUGUUUCUUUGCCACUGACUGGGUUAAAAACUGCCCGUGUGGAGGUAUCAUCAUUCCACCACUGUGUUCAAGCUUCAGAGCCUACUGGUGAUAAGCAAUCUCUGCUAUUUCAACCACCACUAGGAAAUUUCGUUUUGAUGCACUAUCAAGCUCCAUGCAACAUCGAUCCACCUGUUAAAGGGUUCUACCAGUUGUCUAUGGUAUCUGAGAAUGAAGGUGCUUUUCUAUUUAAGCUGAGAUUGAUGGAGGGUUACAAGUCCCCGUUUCUUAUGGAAUUUUGCAUGGUCACAAUGCCAUUUCCUCGAAGAAGAGUUGCAUCAUAUGAUGGAAAUCCAUCAGUUGGGACGGUUUCAAUGACAGAACAUUUAAUUGAGUGGAGAAUUGUUUCAAGUGGCCGGGGCCUCAGUGGUAGGAGCAUUGAAGCUACCUUCUCUGGUACUGUUAGAUUUCAUCCUAGAACAACGCAGCGAGUAAAUUCAUCAUUUCGGUCGGCCACAACCACUGCAUUUGCUGAAGAUAGUGAUUGUGAGCAAGAUAGCACUAAGAAUGGUGCCAACUUGGACGACUACCUCAUGGAAAAAAUGAACAAAGACCUUCAAGCAGUUGACUUGGAAGAGCCAUUGUCUUGGCAGGCUUAUAAUUAUGCUAAGGUGUCUUUUAAGAUAGUUGGUGGCACCCUGUCUGGUCUUAUAAUCGACCCAAGAUCUGUAACCAUUUAUCCUUCUGUCAAAGCCCCAGUAGAAUAUUCAAUGCAGUCGCCUGAAACAAUUCAGCACGUGGAAGUGCAAGCCCUGAGCCCAUGAUGGGGACAACCGAUCGGCCGUGGCAGUGGCUUGGUGGAGGAGGUGGUUUGGACAGGCUGCGGCGGUGAGGCACACGCGUCAGCAUGUGUGGGUGGGGGUGGGGGAGGUCAGCCUGUGCAGGACUCUGGCUUCCCAGAAGAAUGACUAGUUGAUGCGUACUUGCCUUUUCCCUCUUCAUCCUGCUUAUCACCACUUCCUCCCUGGGACUGUGGGACAUUAUCUUUUCAUCUGUAAACUCACACCUUGAGCAUGAAUAUAAUUUAUGCUAGACAUUUGAUCUGUUUAUCGAAACAGAUAAAUUGCACUUCAA